GUAAACAUUUCAUCUGAAAGACCUCAACAAGUCCAUUCACUUGCAAAAACAGCAGAAUUAGUUAUUAAUUAUUGUCCUCUUCACCAGUUAAAAGCCAGUUCAUGUAUUACUCUUUUCACCAAGGGUGAGAAACCGCAAUCUUUUGUUGUCAAACCUAACGUUCGUAUUCUACUUGCCAUUUAUCUCCUAAAUUUCCGCUUCCCAUGUCUUUACCCUCUACGUUUCAUUUCACCGAAAAACCCAAAAAGUUGAACAGUUCUUGUUCUAACUUUGAAUUAAUCUUCUUUUGCGUUAUUUUCCCCACCCUGCUCAUCUUGUCCUGGCAUGUUCCUGUUUCUGAGAAACCAACGAUUUUCCUUCGGUUUCUCCGUCGGCACAGAAAAUUCUCUCAUUGGGCUGUUUUCUGACACCAAUCAACACAAAACUUCCUUCCUUGCAAAACCCAAUUGAUUUUGUCCAAAAAUGGGGUCUCUGCUGUGCCUGCUGUUCGUCCUAUCUCCAUUGUUGUACAGUGUUGCUUCAGUUGCUGCUGCUUGCUCUGAUGGAACUUGCAGGCUUCUUGAUGACUGUUCUUCUGAUCGAGAUUGUGGUUCGGGGCUGUACUGUUUCUCCUGCCCUCUUGGAUUCUCGGGUUCUAGGUGUGUAAGAUCAGGUAUUACAGACCAGUUCAAGCUCAUUAAUAAUUCUCUGCCAUUCAACAAAUAUGCAUUUUUGACAACACACAACGCUUUUGCCAUUGAUGGAGAGCCGUCUCACACAGGAGUUUCUCGCUUAACCGUCACUAACCAAGAAGACACUAUCACCCAGCAGCUAAAUAACGGAGUUCGAGCAUUAAUGCUAGAUACAUACGAUUUUCAAGGAGACGUGUGGUUGUGCCAUUCAUUCGGAGGACAGUGCCAUGAUUAUACAGCUUUUGAACCUGCUCUUGAUACCCUGAAAGAGAUUGAGGCGUUUCUAUUGGCAAACCCAUCAGAGAUUGUGACUCUGAUCUUGGAAGACUACGUUCAAGCUCCUAAAGGCUUAACAAAGGUCUUCACUGAUGCUGGUCUCAUGAAGUACUGGUUUCCUCUCUCAAGCAUGCCUAAGAAUGGUCAAGACUGGCCUCUCGUCAGUGAUAUGGUUUCCAAAAACCAGAGAUUGCUUGUGUUCACUUCUGUCAGAUCUAAAGAACAAAGUGAAGGCAUUGCUUACCAGUGGAACUACAUGGUUGAGAACCAGUAUGGUGAUGGUGGCAUGAAAGCAGGAAGUUGUCCAAACAGGGCAGAGUCAUCUGCUCUUGAUGACAAAACCAAAACUUUAGUGUUGGUGAACUAUUUUCGAUCCACACCGAUCAAGCCCAUCACGUGUAAAGAUAAUUCUGGAGAUCUCAUUAACAUGCUAAGUACUUGUUAUGGUGCUGCUGCCAGCCGGUGGGCUAACUUUGUUGCUGUUGAUUACUACAAGAGGAGUGAAGGAGGAGGAUCAUUUCAAGCUGUGGACACUCUUAAUGGGAAGCUCUUGUGUGGGUGUGACGAUGUCAAUGCAUGUGUGCCUGGGUCAACUUCACAAGCUUGCUCAUCAGUACCGCAUUAAGUUGAGCGACAAGUGCAAGAAGGUUUCGGACAUGUUUGAGGCAUUGGAUUCUUGUUAAUCUUCAUUUGUUUUAAACCAUUAUUGCUUGUGUUGUUCAAGCUUGGGAUACAAUUAUGCAGAUUCCGUUAUUACUUAUUAUUCAGCAACAAUGUUUGUACGUUUAACCAAAGUAAAGAGAAAUUAAGGAAUGAAAAUGAAACAGUAUGUUGUUUUAAUUUCUAGAGUUAAGAUGUGCAGUGCACUCAACAUUUACCGGAAUCUAAGCACUUCUUUGUUCGUU